AUGGUAAUGGAGGCUCCCCCAUCACCCCAGAGUGUCGGAAGGGAAUUCGUCAGGCAGUAUUAUACGCUGUUAAACAAGGCACCCACUCAUCUUCAUAGAUUCUACAAUCAACAAUCAUCGUUUAUCCACGGCGGAUUGGACCCCCCCAACAGGGAGACCAGCCCGGUGAUCGGCCAGAAGCAGAUCCACCAGAAGAUCCAACAACUCAACUUUCGCGAUUGCCACGCCAAGAUCACCCAAGUCGAUUCGCAGGCCACCCUGGGCAACGGGGUCGUCGUCCAAGUGACCGGCGAGCUGUCGAACGCGGGCCAGCCGAUGCGCCGUUUCACGCAGACGUUCGUACUGGCCGCCCAGUCGCCCAAGAAGUUCUACGUGCACAACGACAUCUUUCGAUAUCAGGACGAAAUCAUUUCGGACGAGGAGUGCGACGAUGGCGUGCAUUCGGAGCCCGAAGAGGAGGUCACCGGCGGGCAAGGAUUGGUGGAGCAUCAACAGGCGCUCAACCAACCGACCAUUCCACCUUACUACCCGAACCCAGGUCAAUUGCAGGCUAGCAUUCCCGCCGUGCCUAUUCACCACAACCAACAGCCGCCGCCUCACGUCAUGAAUCCCCAAGUACCCACGGUGAACGGAGCCCUUCAUCCCGACGACAUGAACGUCUUGCAAGGACCGGUACCGGGACACGUCGCGACGCCUCAGACGCAAGGGCUCGCCAACAAUCCGCUGCCGGCGCUCCAACCGGGCCUCGUUCAAUCGCAAAUCGCCCAGCAGACGCCCAUCGACGAACCGCCGGCGCCGCCCAUGGACGAGAUCGAAGAACCCGGAUUGGACAACAGCUUCAGCGAACCGCAGGAAAACGAGCAAGACCCGGAAGUCAAUAUCAUUGAAUCAGCCUCCAACGAGCCCAAGACCUACGCGAAUCUCCUGAAAUCCGGUUCGAACUUGCCGUUCGCGACGCCCGGACCGGCGCUGUCGCAGGCGACGGCGUUGCGGGCCAACUCGCCGCCCGCCGUCGGCGUCGGCGGCUACCAGAACGCCGCGACGCGCGCCGCCUCCAACAACGUGGGCGGUCGCAACGCCGGGCCGGCCGUCGCUUCGGUCGCUUCGAGGGGCCCGAACGUGCAACAACAGCAACAGCAACAGCAGCAGCAACAACAACAAAGGUUGUCGGGGCGACAGGAGGGCGGCGGCAGGACGAACGCCGGCGGCAGGAGUUCCGGAGGAGAGGAAGGUUCUUAUGAUGAUAGGAGGAGGUCGCAAAGUCAAAAUUUCAAUGAUGUUAACCAAUUAUUUUUGGGAAAUCUACCGCAUACGGCGACCGAGGACGAGCUCCGAGACAUCUUUAGCCAAUUCGGUAACAUAUUGGAUUUGAGGGUGCACAGCAAACCGAUGAAAUUGGGCGCUCCUCCCGGCGCCCGAGCACCCCCUAACUACGGAUUCAUAACGUACGAGACCCAACAGGCCGUAGAAAAUUGUUUAAAAGCCAAGCCCAUCUACUACUCGAAAGACGACAAAAACGGCACCAUAUUGAACGUGGAAGAGAAAAAGACGAAGGACCGUCCGUCGUACGGCGGCGGCGGCGGCGGUCGCCUGUUGGACAGCAACAGGAGCAACAGGGGCGACAACAGCGGCCCGAGACGGGGUCCCGGCGGCGGUCCGGGCGGCCUGAACAGGAACAGCACCGGCGGCGGCGGAGCGGCCGGCCAGGGUCCCAACAGCCGGACCAACUCGUACGGCAACAGAAACUCGGGGGGCGGGCCCCCCAAUCGCGGUUCCAACAAUUACGGCCGUCGCUAA